AUGGCUGCGGAGGAGAGCAUCUACAUCUACGUACCCAACAAGAUAGCGCCUAUUAUAUUCGCCAUAGCAUUCGCUGCCUCGCUUGCUCUACACUUCUGGCAGUGCAUCCAUUACAAAUGUUUCAAACUCAUGAGUCUGCACCUCGUGUGCUGCUUGAUGUUUACAAUUGGGUUUUCGUUGCGUGAAUAUGGUGCCUUUCACCAUUCAUUCAGCAAGGCAGAUCUAUAUACCUACAUUGGUAGCACAUGUUUGAUUUAUAUGUCCCCACCGCUCCUGGAGCUAGCCAAUUACCAGGUCCUCGGCCGUAUUCUUUACUACGUUCCCUAUCACUCGCCGAUCCACCCCGGUCGGGUCCUGACUACCUUCGGCAUGCUCUCCACUGUCGUGGAGGUCUUGAACGCUCUGGGCGUAUCCUACAUUGCGAAUCCAGAGCUGCCAGAAUCUACCACGAAGCUCGGCCAUAUUCUCAUGAAAAUAUCACUCAUAGCUCAAGUCCUAGUCAUUACAGCGUUCUGUCUCUUAGCAGCAACCUUUCAGCGACGCUGCUACAGAUCGGGCAUUCGCAGUCGCCGCAUCUCCGCUCCUCUCGUCACCCUAUAUAUCAGUACCUUCCUUAUUUUGGUACGAUGUAUUUACCGUAUCGUCGAGCACUUUGGUGCCUCAAAGGUCCACGCCUCUUCAUUGGGAGAACUUGACGAUCUCAGUCCUAUUCUACGACAUGAGUGGUUUUUCUACGUCUUCGAGGCGAGCCUCAUGCUUGUCAACACCCUCAUGUGGAACUGGCGGCACCCGAGAAGAUUCCUCCCAGCGAGAUCCAACAUCUAUCUUGCACAAGACGGAGAGACAGAGCUCAAGGGACCCGGUUGGAAGGACCAUCGCCCGUUCCUAGUGACGCUUUGUGAUCCGUUCGGUUGGUUUGACUCGAACCAGAAAAAGGAGCGCCCUUUUUGGGAGAACAAUGGGUACACGCUUGUCAAUAGUGCAGCAUGA